AUGUACGAAAAAAUUUCAAUUAUUCGGAAGAAACUUGUCGUUGCACGAGAGAGGAAGAAGAGAUAUGCGAAUCAGCGGAGACAGGAACUAGAAUUUGAGGAAGGUAGCAAAGUACUACUAAAAGUUGCGCCGAUGAAAGGGAUAAUGAGAUUUGGUAAAAAGGAAAAAUUGAGUCCGAGGAAUAUAAGCCCUUUUGAAAUUUUAGAAAGAAUAGGAGUUGCAGCGUACAAAUUGGCGCUGCCACCUCAAUUAUCGGCUAUUCAUAAUGUGUUCCAUGUCUAUAUGCCUCAAAAGUAUGCACUAGACCCCAGUCAUGUAUUGGAGCACGAGCCUCUUCAAAUUCGAGAUGAUCUUACUUAUGAAGAAUUUCCAGUGGGAAUAUUGGCACAGAAGGAUCAAGUCUUAUUGUCCAAGAUGGGAAUACUCAAUAUAUAUGCCCAUCUUGAGGGGGAGUCUCAUGAAGUAGAGGAUGAAUACAAGGAAAAGAAGCAUGAAGACACUGCACAAGUACACCACAUCAUGCAGAAAAUACCAUGCAACAAGCAAGUUGAUGAAAAGCACAAUGUAGCAGUUCAAAAGUUUAAAGCACUGGCAGAGAAAAGCAAAGCAACAUAA